AUGCCAGCGAAGUACCGCAAAUUCGAAACCUUUGACCCUAAUAAGUCCGACUCGAACGACGACGAUUUCUCUCCUACCGAAGCUGCUCCUCCACGAAAGUCCCCGAAAAAGUCAAGGUCCCAGCCGCAAAAGAAAGACAUUGAUGACGAGGAUGAAAGUGUGUCGGAAGAAUCUUUCAUAGAAUCAGAAGAAGAAGAAGAGGACUUUGAGAUGAACGCAAAGACCGGAAGAGCUGUGCGAAAGGCUGCGAAAAAAGCCGUCACUUACGAAGAGAGUGAAAGCGAGGAAGAUUUGAUCCAGGAAUCCGAGGAAGAAGUUCGUCCAAGGAAAUCGAAUAAGCGUACGCGCGUCGUAGAUGAUGGUGAGGAGGAGGACGAAGACGAGAUCGUAGAACCCAUUUCGAAGCGCAACAAGUCAGUGGAAAAGGCAUCGGAAAAGGCAUCGGAAAAGGCAUCGGAAAAGAAAUCGUUUCUGCUAAAACUCAAGAUGCCAACCGGGAACACGCCCGCUCGAAAUACAAGGGCAGGAAGUGCUGCAAGAACUCGAGCAAGCGCGGAACCUACAUCGGCUGGACUUCGAAGAAGCACUCGCGCUCGUACCGAGGAAGGCGAAGACUUCCCUUCAUUAUCAAUUCUGGAAGACACAUCACCUGAACCGAUCGGUCGCAUGAGGGCCAGUAGAGGAGCGAAAGGUCUCAAACAACCUGCGACCUCUACUAUUAAAGAAGAGACACACGAGACGAGCUCAUAUGAAGACCCGCAACUAGAUGCCGAAGGCGAAGACGAGGAUAUAAUAAUGCAACCGCAGCCUGAGAUAAUUGGAACUGACGACGGAGAGGACGAUAAUACCGAGUCAUUUAAUCCCCCUGCCAGUGCGCCGGCCGAUGAUGAUAUGGUGGACGAACUCGCUGUUGACGGAGUCCUGGUAGAAAAAGCAGCCACCCAUGAUGACGAUGAUGAUGACGAACCUGUCACAAGAACUCGUGCAAGAGCGUCCAGGUCAAGCAAUGCGGGACAGGAUGCAGCAGAAGUAGUUGAAACGACCGAAGAUUUAGCUAGUGGUUCUCGACGCCUAAGAACUCGAGGUUCGAAGAGAAAUAAAGAUGAUGGUAGUGACUUUACACCCGAAGGUGAAGCUUCCGAGGAAGAGAUGUCUGCAUCUAAUGCCUCGCCGAAGAAGGGAGGAGAUGAUGAUGGCGAGUACUCGAGCUCAUCGAGACCCGGAAGGAAUGCAAGGCGAGCAAAAUCGAAGAGUACUUCUCGCAGACGUGGUAAUAUAUCGGAUGAGGAUGAUGAGCUAGAUGCAGAAGAAUUGGCAGAUGAACUUCAAGAACUAAGACCAUCUCGAAGACGUCGCAAUCGCGAACCGGAAAUUGCUUACGAGCCAAAAGGGCGUCGUGAACGGAAGCAAGUGGACUAUACAAUCAAACCAAUGGAUCAGAUAUAUGCUCAAGAUGAUGAUUUAGAAGAGUCAGCGCCAGCCCCUUCUGCUAGGGGUCGUGCCGUUCGUGGUGGUGCAAGCAAACCAUGGGAACAUAAUUUACAUGCAACUUAUGGUCCUUUUGGAGGUGGAAUUGGACCAGCUCCGCUCAUUGGUGGCCCUUGGGGCAGCGGUGCUAUCGGCGCUGAUUCAGAUGAUAGCGAUGACGAGAAUAUGCAACAUCCAGCUGUUCCGGGCGUUGCGAUGACACCCACCUCUGCAAGGCAUGGAUUGCUCCCAUUUAUGCCGCAAGCAAAUCAACUCGACCAGACUCCAAUCGGCGUUGGUGCACAGGUUGGAAAAGUCAAAAGCCAGAAAGCCCUCGCGGAUGCAGAUCCUCUCGGCGUCGAUCAAGACGUUGAUUUCAGCAAAGUCGGUGGACUCGAAGGGCACAUUGAACAGCUUAAGGAAAUGGUACAAAUGCCUUUAUUGUAUCCUGAACUUUUCCAGAAGUUCCACGUAACACCUCCCCGUGGUGUACUAUUUCACGGUCCACCUGGUACUGGUAAAACACUUUUGGCAAGGGCUCUAGCAGCGACCGUGGGAUCAGGGGGCCAGAAAGUCACAUUCUACAUGCGGAAGGGUGCUGAUGCAUUAAGUAAAUGGGUUGGUGAAGCCGAGAGACAGCUUCGAUUGUUAUUCGAAGAGGCGAGGAGAACGCAGCCAAGUAUCAUUUUCUUUGAUGAAAUCGAUGGUCUCGCCCCUGUUCGAUCAAGUAAGCAAGAGCAGAUCCAUGCUUCUAUUGUUUCUACGCUCUUGGCACUUAUGGAUGGUAUGGAUGGUCGAGGACAAGUUAUUGUCAUUGGAGCAACAAACAGACCCGAUAACAUCGACCCAGCCUUGAGAAGACCAGGUCGAUUUGAUCGAGAAUUUUAUUUUCCAUUGCCUGACAUCGAGGGUCGAAAAUCAAUCAUCAACAUUCAUACAAAGGAUUGGGGAAUCGAUGAUAGUUUCAAGACUUCUUUAGCCCAAGUUACCAAGGGCUAUGGUGGUGCUGAUCUUCGUGCACUGUGUACACAAGCUGCCCUCAAUUCUAUCCAACGUUCAUAUCCUCAAAUUUAUUCUUCCAACGAUAAGCUCAAGGUGGACACCUCGAAAAUUAAGGUAACGGCCAAGGAUUUUAUGAUCUCCGUCAAGAAGAUUGUACCAUCGUCUGAGCGUUCAACUUCUUCGGGAGCCAAACCAUUGCCAAAGAAUGUUGAGCCUCUCCUUCGAGACCAACUUAAGUCUAUCGAAGACAUUGUUGAUAAUUUAAUACCCAUCAAGAAGAAGACGACUGCCUUGGAGGAAGCAAUGUAUGAACAAUACGAAGACGAAGAUGGAGGGUUUAGUAGAGAAGAAAUGGCCCAAGAGUUUGAGAAGUCACGAGUAUUCCGCCCAAGAUUACUCAUUGACGGUGAGCCUGGCAUGGGUCAAGCGUAUAUUGGGGGUGCUUUGUUGAACCAUUUCGAGGGACUGCAUGUUCAGAGUUUUGACCUUCCAACUAUAUAUCUAGAUUCGACCAGGUCCGCGGAGACAGCUAUCGUUCAGUUAUUUGCAGAAGUCAAACGCCAUAAACCAAGUGUUAUCUACCUGCCAGCAAUUGAUACUUGGUAUCGCACUCUUCCCGAAAAUGUUAUUACCACAUUCCUUGGUCUACUCAAUGCGAUCCCAUCUUCAGAUCCUGUGUUAGUUCUCGGUAUAACAAACACUGGCUCGGAUGAGCAUAAUCCAAAUAUGCUGCGUGAUAUAUUUGGAUUUUCAAGACGCAACCGCUUCACCAUCGAUCGACCACAGAAAGAGUUACGAAAGGAAUUCUUUCAGAGCAUUAUUUCGUAUUUGAGCAAAACACCAAACGAAUUCCCUGAUCCAGCCAAUCGUAAGAAGCGUAAGCUUGAACCACUCGAGCUGGCUCCACCACCGCCGCCACCAAAAGGGCCUUCCAAAGAAGAUAUCAAGGCACGAUUGAAGGCUGAUCUCCACAUACUGAACCUUUUGAAGGUACAAAUUCAACCUAUCAUGGAUCAAAUCCAUAGAAAGUACAGGAAGUUCCGAACGCCUGUUCUUCAGAACAGUCAGUUCCAGUACCUCUUUGAUGAGCAAGAUCCAAACUACGUCCAACCAGAUAUACCUCAAUUCCGACCAUUUGAGUUGGCUAUUGAUAAAAAAGGAAACAAAUGUCUUCGUGAAACGGCGAGUGGAAAGAUAUAUUACAAUUUAGAUACCACUACGAUCGAGGAACGAUUAGUUAAUGGCUUUUACGCGCGACCAAAGGAUUUUGUAUUCGAUAUCAAAACACUUGUUAGAGAUGCCAAGGCUAUUGGCGACAAAGACCGUCUUCUGAGGGCUAAGGAAAUGCUUGCUAAUGUUGAAGUCGAUCUUUACGCGUACGAGCAUGAUCCUAAGUUUGCAGAUUGCGAGAACUUAUACCGUCGUCAACUACAACGAACCAAGGAAAUGGAGGCGAAAUAUGGAAAGAAGGCUCAAGGGAUCGUUGGGACGGAUCUAGUGCGUUCAGAUAUCUUCUCCGAGGAAUAUGGCUUGGGGUCAAAUUCUCCUGGAGCGAUAAACUUGAACCAAAUUGUUCCUGGCAGACGCCCUGGUUCUGCUGCUCCAUCUUUCCAAGCAUUUAACCCCGAUAUCACUCAAGGAAGCAGUGAGCAAAAUGCUACCAUCCAACGAUCUUUCAUCAACGGAUCUUCUGUGCCAUCUCGAGCAAGUGGCGAGGAUUCUUUGAUGAGUGGGACAAACGACAAUGCCUCGGAUUAUUCUCAGAGUUCUCCUGCUCUACCACGUCAGCAAUGGCCACCGAAAUCAGCAAUGGCACCUUCGAGCAUGUCGAAUGUUGCCACUGGAUUCAAUUCUCAGCGGUCUGCUUGGCAGGAAAUCUCACAUGACACGUCUAUCGGCGCAUUGGUGAACAAUGCUUCUCCAACAAGUUCUGGAAAGAAAACAUCAGAGGCAACGACUUCAAAGAGAACCUCGGCAAAUUGGAGUACGCAGGCUACAAACGGGACUCGCCCUGGCGCCUCAAGUCCGAUAGAUGGGCAGAGACACGAUGCUGAUCUAUUGGACACACAGAGGUACUCACAGAACGCAAGCACGCAAAACACAAAUGUAGCCGAGGGAGAAAGAAGCAGCAACGAGGAAUGGCUUCACUCACAAGCACAUGCUCUUGCGCGUGGUCAUCUUGGGUUUCCAUCUCAGACGCCAAGUACACGCAAUUCACAAGACAAACCGCCUGUACCACCCUUCAAUGCUCCUUCACGGAAUUCCCAAGAUAACGGGGUGACGGAUGAUUCGCUCGUUGAAGCCAGUUCUACGCAAUCAUCUUCUCAAAAGACAUAUAUCUUCAAUGAAUUUCUUGCGAAUGAACUACUGGACAAACUCACCGACGGAUCAAGUGGUUGUUCGAUUGAACAAUUGGAACAAAUAUAUCGUGAAUUAAUGGACUACAUAUGGAAGAUGAGAGGGGAGUGGAACAGAAGUACAAUAUGUGUCGGAUUGACCAGAGUAUUCAAUGACACAAUAUUGGACAUCGAGGCGAUGCAAAAGGUUGGCAAACCAAGUCAAGAAGACCCCGAUUCACCACGUUCGACUCAAUAGGAGUCGUAUAUCGGAUAAUAGCGACGAGGGGUGGGUUGGAAUAUUGAGAGGCUGGAUGCAUUGAAAAUUAAGCAUGGCGUUCGAUAGGUUUUAUUAUUAUUACAGGGUUGCUUGAGCAAACAAUUGAUAGCAUAAGGAGAUGUAUUUUGUUGUAUAAGCUACCCUAAAGAAUGUGAGGGCUGAAGCUUGUUUGUUUGUCUGUGUCUAUUGAUUCAGUAUGAUAUAUGAUUAUGUUUUACGGUACUUGUUGUUUGGUAUAUCAUAUACGAUCUUGUCCUGUAUUCGUGAUUAGGAGAAUAAUGAAUG